AUGACUCAACCUAAUCCUGUGAACUUGAAAAGGGGGAGGAAGACAAAGCUCAGAAGGAGAGAAUUAGGAGAAGAGACUAGUUUCAACAAGGGGAAAGUUACCAGGAAGGGUUUGAAGAUCAAAUGUAGUAUCUGUGGUGUCAUAGGCCACAAUAGAAGGUUUAAUGGGUCACAGGAUAAGCAACAAACUGAAGAGCCAGCAAGUACUUCUGAAGCAACAGAACAAGUUAAUGAGGAUACCAGCAAUGAUCCCAUGGCAGAUAUUGAUCGAAGUGUUCUACAAGACCAUUUCCAGCAAGUCAUCGAUGCAUCUCAACUUGUGCAUGAUAUGAACAUCUCAUCAACUACUGCUCAAUUAAAGGAGACAAGGGAAAACAUUAUGCCAAGAGGGGUGAAGAAAAAAACAACUAAUAUAGAAGAGCAACAUGAACGAAAAGAAAAGGGCAAAAAUAAUAUACCAUGCAGCAAGGAGCACAAAAUACAAAGGACACCUGUUACAAGGUCACAUGUCAAGGAGAAACCAUCAGAUGGCAUGGAGAAAGGUGGGGUUGUAGGAGUAAAAAAGAGGAAACAGUGGAUUCCUCCAGGAGCUGCAUAA